UUAUAAAAAAUGUCUAAAGAUAUCGUUGUUCUGACGCCAACUGGAAGGCGGCAUAUAGUCCACGUAACCCCUGACACCACUAUGUUACAGAUAUUAGAAGAUGUCUGCACUAAACAAGGGUUCCAAGCAACGCAAUACGAUUUGAAGCAUCAUAAAAAAAUAAUGGACCUGACCAACACCAUAAGAUUUUCUAAUUUGCCUAAUAAAGCCACUCUCGAAAUGGUGGAAACUGAGCGAAAAAGGGAAGAAGUAGAUGUCACUGUUGGCUUACAGUUGGAAGAUGGUGAGCGUAGAACAGCUGAUUUCCCACCAAACACAUGCCUGUUUGAUCUUCUGCAAUCACUUGCACCAAAUGAAGUCAAAGCUCUCCAACAGCCCACUAUCAUGUAUAUGAGGCAAGAAGUUAUUGGUGUCCGUGCUCUUAAAGAAAAGACUCUGAGGCAGCUAGGCUUGAUAGGGGGCAGGGCUGUACUGAGACUCUUAAAUAAAGAUGCGGAGGGAAAGCAAGCGAAUGUGUCAUCUGUUUAUCGAAAGUUGUCAGUAACAAAACCUGAUAAGGAGCAAACACAUAGACACAUGGAAACUGAUGACAUGCUUACGGACAACAAACCAGGACCAUCCCGUUUUUCGAAAGACACGAAACAUUUUAACCCCAUUCAAGCCAUUAAAGAAAUAAAAAAACCUCAAUUACAACAAUUUGAAACCAAACCAAAUGAUAGUGUACCAAAAACGACUACCAAUGUGCCUCAAAGUACCAACAAUGAAGAUAUGCCCAUGGAAGCACGAAACACAGAAUCAAUUAACAGAGCAGGUCAAAGUGGACCUGUUAAAAACUUGGAUGACUCUUGCUCCAGCACAUCCCUUGAAACACAAGAUCAACUUGAGAGAAGGCUUAGAAUUGAAGAAGAAGUUACAUUUUUGGGAGCUCAAAAAGCAAUUGCUUUUAUGCCAACUGAGUCACAUAGUGAAUUGACUGACCUCCCCGAUGACUUCUACGAGUUAACUAUAGAAGAAGUACGCAAUCUUUAUAAAGAUUUACAACAACACACAUCAGAGUUAGAAAACACACCCCUCAUGACUGCAGCUCAGCGAGAAGAAAUUGACAAACAGGCUUCAGAAUUGAGAUUGUCAGGAUAUAAAAACGUCGUGGUAAGAGUGCAGUUUCCAGAUCAAAUAAUAUUACAAGGCAUUUUUACACCAUCUAAUACAAUUCAAGAUGUUAUGAAUUUUAUAAAACAACACCUUGAAGAACCAGAUAAACCAUUUCUUAUCUUCACUACACCUUUUAAGGAAAGUUUAGAUCCUAAGAUGACGCUACUUCAAGCCAAAUUUGUGCCAUGUGUGCAUUUGCAUUUUAAAUGGCUGAUUGAUACAGGAAGUCAAAUUUGCCUAAAAGAAGAAAUUUAUGAACAACAAACGUCAAGUGAUGCGGCUUGUAUCCUAGCUUCAAAGUACAGAGCACCUUCCAGGAGAAAAUUGGAUGCUCCUUCCAGUUCCAAGAAAAGUUCUUCAGGAAAUCCCAGCAAAAUGCCCAAGUGGUUUAAGACAUAAAGAUUGAAGUGACGUCCGCGUAGCAGUCAAAAAAUUGAAAACUGAGCAUUAAACAUUGUAGGAUAUCUAAAGUUAAUCAUGCAGAAGGAAGUCGAAAGUGCUGUUUGAUAGUUUUCAUUAGUUAUUUUU